CGCUAUCCCCGCCGCGGGGCGGCCCCGGGCUGCCGCUUCUCCCGUCGCCGGUGACCGGCUCCUGGCUCCCACCUCGUUUCAUGUUUGUGGAUAGGGAGGAAAAAUCCCAAACCAGAGGUGAGCUAUGAGAGGACAGUGAUUUCUGUAGCCUGGAGUUGGGAUGUGGCAAGGCAGCUGAAGUUCCUGAAGCAAGAGGUGGAUGGCUGAAGGUGGCUCUUCGGGGAGGAACUGAACAGUGCCAAACAGGCAUGGGGAGGGAAGGACAGGAUCAGCAGUUUGAGUGCAAACCUUGUUCUUGCUGCGUAAAUGAGUAUGGAAGAUUAUGAUUUCCUCUUCAAAAUUGUUUUAAUUGGCAACGCUGGUGUGGGGAAGACCUGCCUAGUCCGUCGCUUCACUCAGGGGCUUUUCCCACCAGGGCAAGGAGCCACGAUUGGGGUUGACUUUAUGAUUAAAACUGUGGAGAUAAACGGUGAAAAAGUAAAGCUGCAGAUCUGGGACACAGCAGGACAGGAGCGAUUCCGAUCCAUCACGCAGAGUUACUAUCGCAGUGCUAACGCGUUGAUCUUGACCUACGACAUCACCUGUGAGGAAUCCUUCCGGUGCCUCCCCGAGUGGCUGCGGGAAAUUGAGCAGUAUGCCAGCAAUAAGGUCAUAACUGUGCUAGUGGGUAAUAAGAUUGAUUUAGCUGAUAAGAGGGAAGUCUCCCAGCAAAGAGCUGCAGAAUUUUCCGAAGCACAGGACAUGUACUAUCUGGAAACAUCAGCAAAAGAAUCAGAUAAUGUGGAAAAACUCUUCCUGGACUUGGCCUGCCGGUUGAUCAGCGAGGCACGACAGAACACCCUUGUGAACAAUGUCUCAUCCCCCCUACCAGGAGAGGGGAAAAGUAUCAGCUACUUGACUUGCUGUAAUUUUAAUUAAAGAGCUGACAUGUGGGCCAUGGGCCAAGAGGAUUUUUUUUUUUUUGGUGGGAUUUAUCUGCUUGAAAGAAUUCUUGCCAAUCUGACCCAUGUGACUUACCCUGAGUCAGGUUGCAGUCCUGGAAACAUGGCAGGCUGAUGGCUCCAACUACAUGGCAAGGUAGCAGGGUUUAAAUUGCAUUUUUCUCAAAGUCUGUGGUGCAGGUCAGGAAAGGAGGAGUUGCACAAGUCCUUCAUGUAAUGCAGAACAUGAGCUGUUUUGUUUCCUUCUGUGGGAGAGUAGACCAGCCUCUCUUGAAGAUAUUGAAGAGAUCAAAAUCUGUCUUACAGAACAAUGUGUUUGAUCGUUUUUAAAGUUAAAAAAAAAAAUAAGAAAAACCCCAACAAUGAAUGCUGACUUUGGACUACACUGGCAAUCUUCCAGGCUGUCAGUGAGUGAGCUCUUAGGACAUGUACAUAACGUCUGCCCAUCUGUCUUCAUGGAGGACUCUGGUGUUUGAGAUAGUGUUAUGUGUCUCAUCUACGGGCACUUUCAUGAACGUGGGGAAAAAAAAAGUUACGUAUAUCAACGUUUUCAAGACUGAAGAAGACAUGGAUACAGCUCAGUUGCUCCCUUUGGUGCUAGCAGUUCAGCAGAUAUUCCAUAGACCAAACAUAGUCUUACUACAUUACUGUUCUUUGAAUGUGUAACUUAGACUGGUUAAGAAAAAAACACUAAUAAGCACUGUUCAUAAAAAUAAAAAAAUCUCAUUACCUCUUUUUCUAGACCUGAACAUAGUGGGAAAGGACUGUGCUUUUCUUUGAUAUCCAGUGUAGGAUGACAAGAGUUUCCAGAAAUAAAAAUAAAUAAAUAAACAAA